AUGUCUACAAAAAUUAGAAAUAAGGUACCCUGUUACUGUAAAUCAUGCAAUGGAAAAUUAGUGGAGGAAAGGACGAGAAAGAGACACGCAGAAUUAGAAGCUCAAUUGGCUGAUAAUAUUUCUGGAUUUGUCCCCUCAGCACAUAUAAAUAUGUCCUUUCCUAAUCCUAAACCUAACGAAACUCCUGACCAAUAUGUCGCAAUGGAAAUCGAUGAGUCUAUUAUUAUAGAAGGAUCAUCAGAAAAAGUAGUAAACUCAGAAAAAGAUUCGGCUGAACAAGAAUUAAGAAAUUUACCUGAGGUUGAUAAUUAUGAGCCCGAUUUUGAAUAUACCUCUCAAAAAAGGUGA